CUAAAUAUAUAAAGUGUUAAAAGUGUGUCAGAUGUAGUCACCUCCUGUGGACCUGUGUGCAGUGACCAUGGUUUACAAGGCUCUUUGUCUGGCGCUUCUCGUCUGUGCUGCUUCGGCAGCACCUGAGAGCAGACUAGUCGGUGGUACUCCGACCACAAUCGAGGAGUUCCCGUACAUAGUGUCGCUCGCAUACCACUACCCUGGGGCUGGUAUUACCGUGCAACGCUGUGUCGGUGGUCUGAUCUCCUCCUGGCAUGUGCUCACUACCGCCUUCUGCUUCACUGGUGCCAACCUUGGCAACUUCCAGGUGCGCGCCGGUUCCACCAACAGCCUGUCUGGCGGAUCUGUGACCACUAUCCGGGAAGUUACCAAGCACCCCGACUACCAGGAGAGUCCCGUCGCCAAUGAUGUCGCUAUCGUCCUUCUGCAGACUCCCUUCGCCAUCACCAACAACAUCAAUAUCCUCUUCCUUCCCCCACAGAACACCUACAUCCCUAAUGGACAGUCUGUCAAAGUUGUUAGCUGGGGAUUCGAAAGUUUGACUGGACCUCAACUGCAAACACUUAAGAAAGUGUACCUCAAGAAAGUACCUUUGGACGAAUGCGCGGCUGGCUUCGAAAACGUCGGCAACGUAGCCGUGAGCGACUCUGUGAUCUGCGCCUCCGAGGAGGGUGCUGUGGGUACUUGUCGCGGUGACUCCGGUGCUCCGAUGGUCAUCGACCAGGUGGUUGUUGGUAUCUCUUCAUAUUUCCAUGAAUGUGGUGAUGACCUUCCUGAUGUGUUCACGAGGAUCGACCGCUUCACCGACUGGAUCGUGUCCACCGCGACCGCACCUAAUGAUGAUGACGUCACGCCCGUCAGAGUCAAGUCUGUCGACUACUAAAGAACUGAUAUUUAAGUCUCCCUUUGAUAAGGUUUUAAAUUAAAUUUA